GUAUACCGUGCUCAGGCAUGUAGCCGACUGUCAAGUACCAGCUGUUGCGCCGUACUGAUUUUCCGUGGCUUCACGCCGACUCGGUUUUGCGGCAAUUUAAUCGAAUAAGUGUGUCACGCGGUUCAUAACUCCGAUCGACAUGAGUCGCAAUUUUGUCGGAGAGUUGCUGAUCUUUCUGUUAUUCUUCAUUGGCAGUUUAGAUACGAAAGUAUUAUCAAAUAUUCUGUCUCUCGGUGAUGGAAGUGUAUUUGAAAUGAAGUUAACUAAUCUUCAUGACACGGUACCAUACAUGAAACAAGCAUCUAUUGCAGCAAAUAGCAAAGCAACCUUUAAUGUAACAAACGUUUCCUCCAGUGCUUCAUUUAUUAUUUUUCAAAUUCAUAUUUAUCAACAUAAUGUUACACUAUCUUUUGAUAAAGAUUAUCUUAAUAAAGUUUCGAAUAGAAGCAUAUUUGGAUCAAACAUUGGUCUUCUUUUUAAGUUAACCGCUGAUACGACACAAUUAUUCAUCAAAAAUGAUAAUGUUCACAAUGUUAUGGCUCUGCUCGUUGUUAUUGCUUACAAUAAUAAUGCACCCAUACCGGGUGGAUGCAACAUGGAGUUCAAUACCGAGAUCGCGCCGUACGCGAGAAUCCAGACACGCGACACGAUGGUGAUCGUCGACGUGCAACCGGCCUCGUUAUCCUUCAACUCGAGUUGCGAAAAUGUGUCGGUGGAGGUCGAGAUGUAUCAGAUGUUCCUGCCCGAGCAGGACCUCACUGCCGAAACUUAUUUCAUGGGUAUCGUAAACAUGCUGACUGUGCAAGAUAUCAAGAAUAACGGAGCGAAGGUAAUGACUUCCAUUGAUUUCUCUCCUAUGAGACGAAUAUUUAGCGCGUAUAUCGGAGUUGGCUCGGUUUACGCCGCAGUGGCUAGUUAUGAAAAUUAUUCUGCGGCCUAUGUCCCGAUAUUUUCAUACAGCUGUAAUCCCGCAAUCGAUCCUGUAUCAUGUGACAUUUUAUCCGAGAGUGUUUUGAAGUUUAUUUCUGCCGUUUGUUUCUUCCUGGGAUUAUUUUUUACAUUCCUGGGUCAUCGUUUCCCUAGAACUGAAAAAAUGUUUCCUAUAUUUUUCAUUGGAACCGUAAUUGGAUAUGCCAUGGAAGGAAGCGUUAUAACUGGUCUGGCGAUAGGUUUGCUCUUCAACCUGUUGUCGUUAAUAUGCCCAUACUCCGCAGAACGUCCUUACAGCGUAUUGUUUGUCAAUACGACUCUGGGCUUGUUCUUUGCGUGCGUUGCUUACUUAUACUCCCCAGGUUCAUUUACAUUUCUGCAGAACAAUGCGGUGUUUUGGAUACUAUUUGCGACAUUGGCUCUCAGUGUAACACUUGUCGCGACAUUUUACUCUUUUUCUCACCUCACGUGUUCCAUAUUUUCAUCCUUCGCGAUAAUCCUGCCGAUUGAUUAUUGGGUUGGCUCUUCUCUGAAAUAUAUCGUGAUAAACAUUGUAAGGCGAGCAACCGUGGAGGAUUUUAAUCUAGCCAUUGUUCAACCUCCGAUUCAAUCUAAGGAUAUAUGGUUGAUUGCAUUCUGGAUCUAUUUGGCGGUGUAUCACUUUUAUAAACAUUGGCAAAAUCGAGAAUCAUUAAACCCGACAGAAACAAUGACGGAAAGAACGCCAUUGCGGAAUCAGAUAGAUGUUCCAGAUAGAUUAAUUACAACAGAUCCAGAUAUAAUUACCAAUUAUAGAUAUAUUUAUCAUUAUUUAUUAACAAGGAUUAGAUUUUGGAGAUAUCGCUCAGUUCAAUCAGAGACAUUUUGUAAUGCAAUACAUCAAAGAUAAUACUUGAGUGACAAUCUUGCAUAUUUUUUUAAUUAAUUUUAAUUGCUCUAAUUGCUUUAUACCAAAUAUAAUUUUAACUUUUUUAAUAAAAUAAUAAAAAG